AUGAGGGGGCGGGAGGAUUGGGCACCGCAAUCAGCAACCAGUGGAGGCCCAAGCCAAGGCCUGGGGGUGGAUAUGGGUAUGCCCGGGUAUGGGCACGUCAGGUUGAUGCGACGCAAACGUUGGCUUAGAUAUGCUGUGCAAGAGUUGGAGACAGAGAAAUGUCGAGUCCUCAUUACGCAUGACGUUUUCAAGCAGCCACUUUUGGAUAACCUACCACUGCACGCCAUCGAAUUCACAGCUCUCUUCCCAUUUAUCAACAAGCACCUAUACGAGAGAAACAUGCAAGAAUUUAUUACAGACCAGGUUACGUCUGUUCUUACAAGGCCUGAGUGGGACCGUCAAGGGGGUACGCCUCAGUGGGCAAGACAUGGAACCUUGUAUCUAGGACCUAGCAGUGAUAACCCCCCUCCAAAUUCUCUGUGUAAUACUAUGGUGUCUUUCGAUGUCUUUUCACGCGAUCACAGUUGA